AUGGAAGAAGACCCAAUAGUACAGCGUCUCACACAAAUUGUCAACGAAAUAAAUUUAUCAAAUGUCCAUCAAUCCAUCUGCUCAUUUUACGACCUUCACCAAAAAUUAACAGCUGAAAAUAUCAAUCAAUUUGCAUCAAAAUUCGGUCUUACAGUUCCUCCAACACAAAAGCCAGAGGCCAUGCCAGUCAAUCAAUUUAUCAUUGCUGCAUUGCCUUUUGUCAUGUUCCUUUUCGAUAAUAAACAACCCGAGCUUGUCGAGUUCCUCAAGUUCAUUCUUUCCUACAUAGAAACACAGGAUAUCCCAAGACAAUUCGAUAGAUUAACAGCUAAAUUUUAUUUCUUCUUCUCAUUAGUUGCAGAAGAUCCAUUAUCAACUCUCCUUGCAGCUUAUCGCCGUUCCUGCGAUUCCCACUUCCACCAAACACAAGCGACAAUCGCCAACUGCAUUCUUAAACGUUAUAUCGACAUCGGCGGAUAUUCUCUUGCUUUAUCUUUCCUUAAGCACUGCAAUUUCCCAUCUGAUGCAUCACCAGCCCAGCUUGGCCGUUACCACUUCUUCGUUGGCCAUCUCAAAGCCAUUACUCUCGAGUAUGCUGAAGCUCAAUACCAUUUACAGCUUUCUCUUCGCCGCGCUCCACAAAACCGUUAUAGCGCCCAGUUCCGUGGUCUCGUUACCCGCCAUCUCAUGGUCGUCAUGAUGCUCCAAGGCCAAGUUCCUUCAAGAUCGAUGUUACUUGACACUCCAGUUUACCUCGACCUCGCACGUUCCAUCCUCAAAGGCGACGUUAUCGCUUUCCAGGAGGUUGCCUCGUCCAAGGAGUUCGAAGAAGACGGUUUGGCCCCACUUGUCCAGAGAUUGAGAUCUUCUGUUAUCCUCGCUGGCCUUACAAUGAUCGCACACUGCUACUCGAGAAUCAGCUUCGCAGAUAUCGCUGAAUUCCUCCAUAUCGGUAGCGCUGAAGAUGCAGAAGGUUUUUGCGCAAAGGCAGCCGCUGACGGUUUGAUCGAUGCCGUUAUUGAACAUGAGAACGGCUGCUUGAUAUCAAUGAGUGGUAAAGAGGAUAUCUCCGCUGGCUUCGGAGAGAGACUCAACAAGGAUAUCCAGGACUGCUUCGGAAUUAGAGAGGAUACACAGAGAACAAUGCACGAAGAAAAUGUCACAGAUUAA